GUGAGUGGACCCUCUCCAGACAAUAAGGAUGUGAUCGUGCAUGACUUGUGGACCCCCUGCUCUCCCGGUGAUCCCAAUGCCGUCGAAAUGGACUGGACCUCCAUUGCUAGUAACAAAUUGAAAGAACCAAUUGUAUCACGGGAGGACAUGAUCCAUUCCCUGGAACGCUCCAAACCUACUGUUAAUGAGGAUGAUCUGAAGAAGUUGCGCAAAUUCACCGAGGACUUUGGACAGGAGGGCUAA